CAAAGAGAAAACGUAAACAAAAAUAAUUUGUGUCAUGUGAUACAUCUUAUUCAAAAUGGCGACUCCCUCGGAAGCAAAAUUGGGGAAGGUUGAGAAGGUUGAAGCUGUUGAUGAUUAUGACGAUGAUGAUGAUGAUGACGACGACGAUGAUGAUGAAGAUGAUGAUGAUGAAGAUUCGGUUGAACCCAAGCUGAAGUAUGAGAGAAUUGGCAACGAUCUGACAGGGAUAUUCAAUAAAGAUGCAGCCAGCUGCAUGGCUGUACAUCCAAAGUUCUUGGCUCUAGGGACUCACUGGGGAGUGAUCCACAUCCUUGACCACAGCGGCAAUGACAUCAAGAGCAAGGAACUUAAUGCACACACAACAACUAUCAACCAGAUCAGCAUUGAUUACAAGGGAGACUAUGUCGCCAGCUGCUCGGAUGAUGGCAAGGUGAUCAUAUCCGGUCUGUAUGCUUCGGAAAACAACCAGUGUGUGACCUUUGAUAGACCUGUCAAGGCCGUUGCUCUUGAUCCGCACUUCAGCAAGCCCGGGAGAGGGAGACUGUUUGUCACUGGAGACGAGAAGCUUAUAUUGAAUGAACGAGCAGGACUGUUUAGUCGACACAAGAUGACCGUUCUACACCAAGGUGAAGGUCCCAUCAGAAACAUCAAGUGGCGGGGAGACUUCAUCGCAUGGUCUAAUGAUAGGAGUGUGAAGAUUUUUGAUAUGACGUCCAGGAAAAGAAUCACUCACAUUGAUAAAGGUCACAGUCACCGUCCGGAGCUGUAUUGCUGUAGUCUGUUCUGGAAGGAUGACCACACUCUGCUCCUCGGCUGGGGCGACCAGGUCAAGGUUUGUGUGGUACGAGAACAGGAGAGGCGGGAUGCGAGGGAUUCGCCCAACAGAUAUGUGGAGAUUGUUGCCAUGUUUAAGACUGAGUUCUUUGUCUGCGGAAUCGCGCCACUUGCAGACAGUGUGGUGGUACUGUCGUACGAGAAGGACGAUCCUCACCAGGAGGGAGGUCGCAUGGUGUCCAAUCGGCCCCAUCUGCAAGUGCUGGAUGCAGGGAUGAACCGGUUUGAUGAAAUCUCCAACGAUGCUCUUUCAAUCCGAGGUUUCCAGGAAUACAGGUGCAAUGACUACCAUCUUGAGAGUAUUGUGGAGGAGAACUUGUUCUACAUUGUCAGUCCUAAAGACAUUGUCCUGGCUCGACUCCGGGACCAAGAUGAUCACAUCACUUGGUUGUUGGAACAUGAGCAGUUUGAGGCGGCCAUGGCAGCAGCGUCUGAACACUGCAAGGAACUCAAGAAGCACACAUACGAGGGCAUUGGUCGUGCGUAUCUGAACUAUCUGUUGGAGGAGCGUUGCUAUGACGAUGCAGGUAGACUCUGCGUGAAGAUCCUUGGAAAGAAGAAGGAAUUGUGGGAAGAUGAAGUCUACAAGUUUGCAAAAAUAAAUCAAUUAAAGGCUAUAGCCACCUACCUGCCCCGUGGAGACCCCAAACUCAACCCUGCGAUAUACGAGAUGGUGCUGAAUGAAUUUCUACAGGUGGACACCGAGAGAUUCUACCAGCUGAUCAAAGAGUGGCCUCAGGAUUUAUACAGUAUAGAGACAAUCAUCAACGCUGUGUUGACUAAACUAGACCGAGAUCGAAACAACUGGGACCUCCUGCAGUGCCUCGGACAACUAUAUGCAUGUCAGAGGGCUUUUGACAAAGCUUUGGCUAUUUAUCUGAGGUUGAAGCACAAGGACGUGUUCCAGCUGAUCCACAAGCAUGACCUGUUUGACUCCAUCAGUGACAAGAUCGUGCAGCUGAUGCAGUUCGACCAGGACCAGGCCUGCAAGAUGCUCUUGGAUAAUGUCGCCAAGGUUCCGGUGUCGAAGGUCGUACAACAACUGAACAAGACUCCACCGUUCCUCUACGUGUACCUUGACCAGCUGAUACAGAAGGACAUGAACUCAGCCCAAGAGCAUCAUGGGAAGAUGGUCAAGCUGUAUGCUGAGUUUGACCGACAAAAGUUACUCCCCUUUCUGCGACGUAGUGAGUCCUACCCCCUACAGAUGGCGCUGGAGGAAUGUGAAGCCAGGAGCUUUGUCAGGGAACAGGUGUUUCUUCUAGGACGUAUGGGUAACGUGCGGCAGGCGCUGACGCUGAUCAUGACGGAGCUGCAGGAUGUCAACCAUGCCAUCGAGUUCUGUAAGGAGCAGGUGGACGAGGAGCUCUGGGAGGAUCUCAUCAACUACUCCAUGGAUAAACCAAAGUUUAUAACAGCUCUGCUGCAGAAUGUAGGGGCCGACAUUGACCCGAUCAAGGUCAUCAGUCGUAUUGAGAAGGGCAUGGAGAUCCCGUCACUCCGGGACUCACUGGUGAAGAUCCUACAGGACUACAACCUACAGAUAUCUCUCCGAGAGGGGUGCCGUAAGAUACUGGUUGCAGACAGUUUCAACCUGAUGGACCGACUGGUCCGCACAAUGAAGAAAGGCGUGUUUGUAGAUGAUGUACAAGUGUGUCCAAUUUGCCACCAGCAGCUCAUUGUGAAUGAUUUGCGGUACGCAAGUAAUGUCAAUGCAUAUUUCUGCCAUCAUGCAUUCCAUGAAGACUGUCUCCCUGCUGGGGCGACAAAUUGUAAGAUAUGCAGCAGCAACAAAAGAGGCCCCGGUUCCAGAGAACACUACAUGAAGUGAUGAUACUUCCCUCAUAACUUAUUUAAAUGCUACAGACAAAGCAAUUAGAGUCAGCUCAUUGACUUGCCCUAACAUGUUACUUAAACAUAUUUCAAACCUGAAAACAUGAAACACAAAAGAUACUUUCUUUACACCACCAGGAGUAUCUGUUUUCACUGUGAUAUGUUGUAGGUAAAUAGCAUAUAUUUCCCUGUUACAUUCAAAUAGA